AUGCCAAACCUCUCUGAAUAUAUAAAGGAAGCCUUCAAGAGCAAUUCCAGUUACACAGAAGAAGCAGAAGGAAAAGAUUUCAUCCAGCUUUGUCAGAUAGAGACUGAAUCAGCCAUGCUUCUCCCUGCCAUUCACUUCUAUGGCUUUCUUCUGGCUUGCAUCUUCACGAGAAGCUAUUUGGCUUUCAAGAACGAUGCCACAGAGAUCCUUUAUUCCCACGUUGUUAAACCCGCUGCGGCGAGCCCGAGCAGCAACAGCACGUUGAAUCAAGCUAGGAACGGAGGCAGGCACUACACCAGCACUGGAUCCGACCGUAACAAUCGCGUUCAAGUUGGUUGUCGAGAACUGAGAUCCACCAAGUACAUCUCAGAUGGUCAGUGCACCAGCAUUAAUCCCCUGAAAGAAUUGGUGUGUGCUGGUGAAUGCCUCCCUUUGCCACUGCUCCCCAACUGGAUUGGAGGAGGUUAUGGUACCAAGUACUGGAGCAGGCGGAGCUCGCAGGAGUGGAGAUGUGUCAAUGACAAAACUCGCACUCAGAGGAUUCAGCUUCAGUGCCAGGAUGGAAGUAUAAGAACCUACAAAAUAACUGUGGUCACGGCCUGCAAAUGCAAGCGAUACACCAGGCAGCACAAUGAAUCCAGCCACAACUUCGAGGGAACCUCUCAAGCAAAACCCAUCCAGCACCACAAAGAAAGGAAAAGAGCCAGUAAAUCCAGCAAGCAUAGUACAAGUUAG